AUGAUAGCGAGACAAAGACCAUGCCUCACAAAGCCCCUGCAAAACCUCCUCCGCUUCUUCACAACCAAGUCGACUCCGCAAACCCAACUCGCCAACCCGCCAACCCCAGUCGACUCGGCCCACCUCCUCCGUGUCUGCACCAUCCUCUACCAGCAGCAGAACUCGCCCGAGUCACGCCUCCACUCCAACCUCAACUCACUCACCUUCAACCUCACCCACGAGUUCUUCCUCCAAGUCUGCAACAACUUCCCUCUCUCAUGGCGCCCCGUCUAUCUCUUCUACAACUACACCCAGAAAGCCAACCCCACCUUCGCCCACACCGCCGUGUCGCUCAACAAAAUGCUCGACGUCGCCGGAAAGUCCCGGAACAUCAACCUGUUCUGGAACCUGGUUCACGAGAUGGGACGGCGUCGUUUGGUCAAUCAGAGAACCUUUAUUAUCGCCAUCAAUACUCUGGCCAAGACAAGAGAGCUGAAGAAGUGCGUGGUGUUUUUUCGCGUGAUGAGUGAGUAUGGGAUCGAGUGUAAUAUGGAAAUUUUGAACAAGACAGUCUCGAGUCUCUGUGGCCUGAAGCUUGCGGAGGAGGCUAAAUAUGUGGUGUUUAAGUUGAAGGAGAUGAUUGGGGCUGAUGGGGUUACUUUUAGGUGUUUGAUUGAAGGGUUUUGUGAUGUGGGGGAUUUGGUUGAGGCUUCCAAGAUGUGGAAUGUGAUGGUGGAUGAGGGUUUCGAUCCUUGUGUUGGUGUUGUUGAGAAGAUGAUGGAGGCUCUUUUUAAGGUGAAUCGGGAUGCCGAGGCGAUGAAGCUUUUUCAGAUGAUGAGGGUGAAUAGGAUGGAGGCUUUGGGGCUUUCGAGUUAUAGGCUUGUGAUAGGGUGGAUGUGUAAGAAGGGGAAGGUUGAGAGUGCACGCGUGGUGUUUGAUGAAAUGCGCGAGAGAGGGAUCGAGGCGGAUAACUUGACGUUAGGGGCACUGGUUUAUGGUCUGAUGGCGAGGAGGAGUGUGAAUGAGGCUUAUGGGAUUGUGGAAGGGAUUGAGAAGCCGGACAUCAGUGUGUACCAUGGCUUGAUGAAGGGGCUGUUGAGGUUGAAAAGGCCGGGGGAAGCGACGCAAGUGUUUAGGGAGAUGAUCAAGAGGGGGUGUGAGCCUAACAUGCACACAUAUGUGAUGCUAUUGCAGGGGCAUAUGGGUAAGAGAGGUAGGAAGGGGAAGGACGACACCAUUUUUGUUGGGGGUUUGGUUAAGGCUGGGAAGUCAUUGGAAGCCACCAAGUAUGUGGAGAGAGUGACUAAAAGAGGACUCGAAGUUCCUAGAUUCAAUUAUAACCAGUUUUUGCAUUACCACUCGAAUGAGGAAGGAGUGGCGAUGUUCGAGGAGGUGGGGAAGAAAUUAAGGGAGGCCGGGAUGGUUGAUUUGGCAGAUAUUUUCCAGAGAUAUGGGGAGAAAAUGGCGACGAGAGAUAAAAGAAGAGAUAGAGCUGUCGAGCCAUUAGUAGAGCUUUCAUAGCCUCAUGUAUUAGGCUGUGAUAUGUUUGAUUUAAUUUAGGGAUCAUUCUGAAUGACAUAUAUACUCUGGUGCAUUAUGUACCAUUUCUCUUAAUGAGCCUCAACUUGACCGAACUGUUUAUUUAUGAAAGUAAU